CGUGUUACCAAUGAAAGCCACUAUGUAGUGUUAAUCGAACCUUCUCCGCUCUAUAGGAGGCUUCCGGCGAAAUUAGAAUUUUGAAAGUUUUGAUUAAUCUGAACGCAAUCGAGUUCCUUCCUACAGUUGCGCGAGCGUUCUUCGAAGAGUUCUAAGUUGAUCGAUCCCCGAUUUGAUAACAAGGUGUUUUAUCAGGAACCCUAAUUUGUGUUUUCUCCUGUGUAAAAAGCUUCUGUUGGGCGUCGUCGAAGGUCAGUUCGUGAUUCUGAGUUUGUAGACCUUUUCGUUUUAGAGCUCUCCAGAAUUGUAAUUGCGCUUCUGCUUACUGUUGAGACUCCGUUGCCGUUUAUUGAGGAUAAGGCUUUCUGAAGUUUUGUAGCUUUUGAGCCUUGAGAGUUUUGGUUUCUGUUAGCAGUUUGGAACGAUUCUAAGAUAAUGUCUGGUAGAAAUCGAGGACCUCCUCCUCCUUCGAUGAAAGGUGGGUCUUACAGUGGCUUACAAGCUCCGGUUCAUCAACCACCUUUCGUUAGAGGCUUGGGAGGAGGAACAGUGCCUCCUCCACCUCAUCCUUCUAUGAUUGAUGAUAGUAGAGAAACUCAAUUCAGAGUUGAUGCAAGAGGUCUUCCUCCACAGUUUUCUAUCAUGGAGGAUCGUCUUGCUGCUCAGAACCAAGAUGUUCAGGGCUUACUUGCUGAUAACCAGAGGGUGGUUGCAAUUCAUAUCGCCCUGAAACAGGAACUUGAAGUUGCUCAGCACGAAUUGCAAAGAGUGAUGCAUUACAUUGAUUCCUUGAGAGGUGAGGAAGAGAUCAUGAUGAGGGAGAUGUAUGAUAAAUCUAUGCGAUCUGAAAUGGAAUUGCGUGAAGUUGACGCUAUGCGAGCUGAGAUUCAAAAGAUCCGUGUGCAUAUUAAAGACUUAACUUCGGGUAGGCAAGAACUUACCAGCCAGGUUCAUGUGAUGACUCAAGAUUUGGCUAGACUUACAUCAGAUUUGCAGCAGAUACCAACACUAACUGCAGAAAUUGAGAACACAAAGCAAGAGUUGCAAAGAGCUAGAGCGGCUAUUGAUUAUGAGAAGAAAGGGUACGCGGAAAAUUACGAGCACGGCAAAAUUAUGGAGCAUAAAUUAGUUGCAAUGGCUCGCGAACUGGAGAAGCUUCGAGCAGAGAUUGCUAACUCAGAGUCGAGAGCUCAUGCAACUGGCCCUUUUGGGAAUCCUGGUGGAGUUGCCUAUGGCGGUGGCUAUGGAAAUCCUGAGGCUGGGUAUCCUGUGAAUCCUUAUCAACCCAACUAUGUCGUGAAUCCAGCACAAGCAGGCGUUGCUGGCUAUUAUCCUCCUCCUUACGGACCACAGGCUGCGUGGGCUGGCUACGAUCCGCAGCAGCAACAGCAGCAGCCUCAACCGCCGCCACAAGGACAACAAGGACAUCGAUGAAAAAGUCGUCCAUUUUUCCGGCAACUCAUGAAAUUACUUUUUGUAACUUUUACUCUGACUCUUGGGGAUGAUGAUCAUAUGAUUGUGAACAAGCGAUAUUCAGCAGCGCUAGUUGUUAAUUAAGAAAAACAUGAAAGCCCACAGUUUGUUUUAUAAAAAAUAAGCCCAUUAAGGUCUUAAA